AAACAGCUGUAGUAGUCAUCAAUUUGUAAAAAUAUUAAUAUUAUAAGGAUACAGAGAAAAUUAUUGUUUUUUAUUAUUAAAAAAAACUGGAUUACUUCUUAUGUAUGUUCAGUGCGUUUGAAAAUAUUUGUGAGAUCUGGUUUUAAUUUAAUAAGCUUUUAAAAGAAAAAUAAAAAAUGUCCGAAGAGGACGUGAUAAAAAUCGAUCAGCCCCAAGAGCUGAGCUUUGAAAAGUGUCCGGAAAGUCAAGAGGAACAAGAAAAACGUCAGAAAAUUGAACAACUAUUAAAAGAGGGUAAUGGAAAAAUUGAGUUGAAAUUGUUAAGGGAAUUGGCUCGAUCAGAUCAUGGUCUUGUAACAGAUGAGUUGCGAAGAAAACUAUGGCCUCAAUUGGCUGGUGUUGAUGUUACCUCUUUGGAUCCAGCUCCCAAAUUAAGUGACUUACAGACUCAUCCUGAAUACAAUCAGGUCGUACUAGACGUAAAUAGAUCGUUGAAACGUUUCCCACCUGGUAUUCCUUACGAACAACGUAUUGCCCUUCAAGAUCAGUUGACCGUCUUAAUAUUACGAGUAAUUAACAAAUAUCCAAAUUUACGAUAUUACCAAGGCUACCAUGAUGUGGCAGUAACUUUUCUUCUCGUCGUUGGCGAAGAGGUGGCAUUCGCCGUGAUGGAAGAACUCUCAACAAAUCAUUUUUCCGAAUGCAUGCAAGAAACCAUGGAUGCUACCCAAAAGAGACUGAUGUUCAUAUGGCCUGUUGUUAAUUUUGAAAAUCCAAAACUUUUUCAAUUUUUGCAACGUUCUUCCGUCGGUACUUUAUUUGCUUUGCCGUGGUAUUUAACAUGGUUCGGACAUAGUUUGAACUCGUACAAAGCAGUCGUACGAUUGUACGAUUACUUUCUGGCCUCUCCAAUUUAUUCGCCUAUUUUUGUAACGGCAUCGAUAAUAUUGCACCGCGCUGAAGAUAUUUUGCUUGAAGAAUGUGAUAUGGCCAUGAUACAUUGUCUACUCUCCAAGUUACCAGACAACUUGCCAUUUGAAGAUCUCUUAAAAACAUCGAGUAAUCUUUAUGAAAAAUACUCUUUGACUGUAAUCGAAAAGGAAGUGGAAAAAUUAAUUCAACUAGAAAAACAGCAAAGAAUAUUGGAAGAAAAAAUGGCUUUGGAGAGACGAAAGAAAAUUGCACGAAAUACGAGGCCCAAUGGCAAUUAUUUGAUCAAUCAUUUAUUGCCACAGUUGCUUACACCAAAAUCCUUUAUUGUUACCACGGCAUUUUCGUUACUUGUUGGUAUUUGUGCAUACUAUUACAAAAGUCAAUAUAUGUCUACCGGUAUUAGUUGAGUAAGUCUGAACUUGCUGCCGUCUAUGUCAAGAGCUCUACGGCAUGCAACACCUCCGCAUUCAGGUUGGAUGAUAGGAUUUACAAUAUUUUAAUUUUAUUAUAUUAUUAAGAGAUUGUGGGUUGCUUUAGUCUCUAUAUAAUUAGUUUAUGGGUCUGUUCCUUUAAAAGCGAACGAACAAGUAUUUCAUAGUUUUAUAAUGAAAACAACAAACAAAUUCGAAAAUUUGUUAUUGUUUUUUAUAUAAAAUGAGAAAGAAAUGUUCGUUCGCAUUUAGAGGAACACGCAGUAUAUCUUACAUCAUUAUUAUUAUUAUUUUUUUUUUUUUGUUUACCAGCAUUUAAAUUUAAGUUGAAUUAUUAAAUAUCAUAAAAAAAUGUUAUUUGUUUUUGGUUAUUUGUACUACUUUAAGGAAUAAACUAUGUGGUAUACUUACAUAUUUUUCUAUAUUUGUGGUUUACUUUCGAUAAUAUGUAAUUCUUUCAGACAAAAGAGUGAUCGCAUAAUCUUGUAUAAUAAAAUGAUUUAUGAAUUUAUUUAUAGGUACAUAUUUAAUUUAUUUUCUAUUUUUAAAAUAUUGUUAAAAAGACAAACACUAACAUUAAACGAGCAAAAUUUUAAAAACUAAUAAAAAAUUAUU